UACAUUGUUUGCAAAGAAGAUAUUAUUAUUUAAAUGCUCGGUUGGGAAAGUUGAUGAAGAAACAUGAAUUUGAAAGUGAUUUUGAAAAAUUGAGAAUUUCGAGGUCGGUAGAUAUUAGGUCCUUUGGUGAGUUCCAUGAGACAUUAAGUGAUCUUGUUGAGGAUUUAAUAAAUUUCUUUGGAUUUCCGGUAUUAAUUACCAUAACAUUCUUUUUUGUUAAAACAAUUCACGUCGCAAAUGUUAUAUUAUUGAAUGUAAAGGAGAAUAAUUUCUUGUUUGCGACGAAUGCUUUGUUUAAAAUAUUUUUGUACUUUCUACACUUCUUCUUCCUUUCCUCAAUUUCGGAAACCAUUUCAAGUGAGGCAAAUAAUACAGGAAACAUUCUUCAUAAAAUGUGGAUUUACAAUAGGCCAACAAAUUGUCAAAAGACAAUUCGGAAUGUUUCACAAAUGUUGCUUCAAAGGAAAUUGACAGUAUCAUUGCAUGGUUUCAUAAAUUUAAAUUAUCAAUUUAUAUUCAGGAUUUUAGGAACUGUAACAACUUACUUAAUAAUUAUGGUUCAAUUAGAUGAUUAUAAAUCUGGUAAAGAAAAUAAUCAUUAACUAAAAAAGAAUAUUUAUAAAUAAAAAAGCUUUUCU